AUGAUGCUCAACCCUAGUGAUUCACGUCAACUACCACUUAGAACAAAGAAACCACCAAAAAGUGUAAAACAAGUAAAAGAUAGUUGCAAAAGAGCUCGGCCGAUCAAUCGAGAGCAAAAACAAAUCUUUCAAGAAUGGCUAACUGAGCACUCAAAUCACCUGUACCCAAAUGAAGAAGAUAAGAAGGAGUUGGCCGUUAAAAUGGACGCUAAUCCACAACAGGUAAGCUUUGGCUUGGCUUGGAUUGGCUUGGCUUGGCUUGGCUUGGCUUGGCUUGGCUUGGCUUGGCUUGGCUUAACUUAUCCUGUUCCGUUCUGUCCUGCCUUUCAUACUAUGUUACUUACUUUGCUCUGCUCAACUUCAAUCAUAACAGCCCAAUAACUCUACUUUACUAUUCCAGAUCAAUCGCCUAUUAACCAAAUAUCGCCAACGAAUAAACCAAGAGAUUCAAGAGAACCAGCUCAAGUACAAAGCUGAUGUAGCUGUAGUAAAACAUGAAAAAGUGGCCAUCAACAAUAUCAUAUCUGAAAUUGUAAAAGAUGUUGCUUUAGACAAUCGAGAUCAAAGAAGAAUAUACGAAGAAAGAAAGGCCAAGUACAUGCUUUAUUUAAAGGAGAACAACAUGCUAGAUGAAGAUGAUGAUGACUUGCAGGUUAUAUGGGAAGGUAAACAUGUUGCUACUGAUUUGAAUGUUAGGAAUGAUAGUAAUGAUAGCCCUGGGCAGCAGAAGGAGGUUAGUACAACUACUGACAAUGAGAACAACAAUGCUAAUUUUAAAAACAUGGAAAAUCAAAGCAAUACUGGUGAGUGUAAUACUACUUCUUUAAAACAUUUUUAAAAAUUUAUUUUAUAAUUUUGAAGUUUUGGUAAAAAAAACGGUAAAAAUAAGUGUAAACUUGUGUUUUGACGUAAUGAAAAACUUAUAAUGAUAGGUAUGAUCAUUUAUAUAUAAUUAUAAGUCUCACUCUUGCAAAACGAAUAGGCUUUGGUAGCAUAGCAACUGUACAGGUUUACUGUUCUUGUAUUAAUACUUAUAUAUUAUUAUACUUCUCGUUUUUACAUUAUUGGGCUUAUCAAAGUUUGAGAGCUCAAAAAUACAUACAACUUUGUAGUAAAGGCUGAGUAGAUCUGUAAAAAGGCCAAGCCAAACCCAAUUUUUCAGCCAAGUUUGGCAUUGUUUUCAAAUUCGCUUCGACUCGGCCUUUUUCAAGUUUGUUUCUGUCUGGGCUAGGCUUGACGGACCUAGUGGGGCUUCCUUCAAGUGUAGGGAUGAGCAAUAUGAGUUAUAAGGUACUUUCAAUUUCUUUUAGUUUAAAAGUGCAAAAAAUAUUUUAUGUCUUCUGUUCAAGACUAGAACGGCUAGUCUAGUGCUUUCUAGCACAAGUCGUUUCUUAAGUUUUAAAACUUUUUUGAAAAAAAAAAUUUUUAUUAAGAUUUCAGAUCAAGCCGUAUCAACACAACCUGAAAAUUGUGAUCUCGCCAAUAAAAAUAAUAUACCAGUAGAAAGAUCUCUUCAAGAUAAUACAGAACUGCUGCCUCAAAAAGAUAUAGAAGUUGCUGAAGUUGUUGAAAUUGCAGAAGUUGCUUCAAGGGAUCAAGUGAGUUUACUUACUAUCAGCUUUCAUUUUAAAAACGUUUGCAUUUUUAAUAACUAGAUUAGGCUUUGUCAAAUAGCCUGUGGUCAAUAGCCUCAGUCUAAUAUUUUCUUUAAAAACAAUUUUUUUUAUUAAACAUUUUUUUAAAUUUUUUAAAAAAUAUUUAAAUCACUUAUCUAAUAGUUUCUAAUUUCAAAUGAAUCACAAACGCAUGAUCGAUAGACAAAAUUAAACACAGUUUGAGAGUGUUAUAAAGCAGUCACUUUUCAUUUUUUAUUCUUCAAACAUUGGUGCACUUUUAUAAAAAGUCUGUCGAGAAAAUCAUGUAGUCAAAGGGAGCAAAAACCUCGUGAGAGUCUGGGCUUUUUCAAUGUUGCGAUUGAUAAAGAACUAGUUUUGUUGGUUUUUAUACUAUUCAAGUGCAAAAAAUGAUAUUUUAGGGAUGUAAUAGGGUUGGGUAAUGUAGGUUGGAGUAUAAAAAAUUUUUUUAAAUUUUUUUAAAUUUUGAAAUUUCAAUUACUAACUUAAAAUCAUCAAGUAGCCUCAUUGCUUUUGAGUAAGAGCUCUUCCUUAAAUUGCGAAAUGGCAUUUCCUACGCAAAAAGCCAUUUCGAAAUUUUGCGAAAUUUGAAAAGAGCUGCAGGCUUUUCAUACGAUGUUUGUUACAUACUCUACGUAGCUAUAGAACAUUGUUGUUGUUUAGGAAGGGACAAAGCUUUUAAAAACGUGGCUACUACGCUAUUACGUCUUUUUGAACUUGGUUUACCCCGCUCCUUUAGGGUAGAGCACGGCAGGGUAAAACCGAAAGAAAUAGAAAUUUAACAAGGGGUACCAAAAUAAAUUAAAAAAAAUUUUUUUUUUUUUUUUUUAAAUUUGAGCAUGUUCCCCCCUUCCCUUCUCUUCGUAAUUUUCAAAAAUUUACAAAAAAAAAAUUUUUUUUGGUCUUUCCCCUUCCCCAAUUUCAAAACCAAAAUUACCCGCCUGACACCACUUGUUCACAAAACAUCACUUUCUAUUAUACUACAUGAAAACAUGUAUAUGUAGCCUAAGCAUCACUCCUCUUUCAUGUUGUGGUUUUAAUCUUUAGUUGUUUAUGCUUGUUUCUAUUCCCAAAAGGCCUUCGGGCUGGCGUUCGUUCCAAUUCCAUUUGAAUUAUUUACAAGAAACAACCCCAGCCAGUUUUUCGAGAAAUUUGUUUUAUAUGUCUGGUUUGGAAACAUGUGCUUCGUUUUUGGUUUAUCUGAGUAUAAUUUAUUUAUCCUGGUACAUACGAAGCAUCAAAGUAAAAUUGAAGUUAUUUUUCUUAAGCCAGUGAGAGCGGGUAUUUUGGAUCUGAGUGCUAGAAGAGUAUGUAAAGUAGGGUAGGGCAGAAUCAGUUAAAGAUGGGUAAGGUAGCCAACAGUUAAGUGAAACAAAUUUAUUUGCCAGCAUAAGCCUGAACUUAAAUUUCAAGUCUUUUUCUAAGUUUAAGUUAAGGCGUAAGCCUAAGGCAGUCUAAUAAAACCUCAAACAAAAGGUUAAGUCUAAGCCCGAGCCUGAGUUUGUGCCUGAGCGUGAGCCUGAGUGUGAGCCUGAGCGUAAGCGUUGUGCUUGUGCUUGUGCUUGCGCUUGUGCUUGA